AUGUCGACACUUGGUUUUUCAUCGGAGAGACUUGUCCACUAUGUAAAACGAUCGGCACUUCGAUCCUCUAAAGAUCAAACACCACUCGAUGCACAGGUCUAUAAAAUCGUGUUGGAAUAUAUUCUUGAGAUUUUAGCAUUGGACGCAAGUCCUUUUUCUUCAUCACCAUUCAUUCCAUCCUCUUCUUCUUUCUCACAACAACAACAACAUCACAACAGCAUCAUUGUGGAGUAUUCGAGUGGAAUUGGCACGAAUGGAAAAAUCGAAUCCGAACGAUACACAUCUGCUCAAGAAUUAAUUUCAAGAAAAAUCUCCAUGUGUGUGUUUUUACAAGAAUAUUCGUUUGUGUUAUUUCGAAAUAAUAUUCCCAAACUGUACGAAUAUCUUGGAGACAUUCAAAAUAUCAUUAACAGUGGUAAAUUAGAUGACAUGACCUAUGCUCAAUUACUAGUCACCAUGACAACACUUUACAUUUCACACAAUUUACAAGAUUUAAAUCCAACCAUGAUGUUGAAUCACAUUUCAUCUCUCUUGCAAUACAUGACCAAAACUGUGAAUCAUUCACAAUUUAGACUACAAAGACAAAUGGCAGCAGAAUCUCUACAAGAAAUUCUCUAUUUUCACAACAUUCGAAUUUCUGAUUUUAUUCCAACUUUGUUGAAGUGCUGUCAAGCAGAGAAUUCACACGCUCUUCAAUCGUUUUCAACAUUGUUAGCAAAUUUAAUUUAUCUCGAGUCGAACAAAACUAAGAGAGAAGUGAUCAAUAGUUUGACUUUCCUCAUUGAGAAUAUUCAAUUAUUUACCAUAUGGGGAAGGACAGCCAUUGUUGAGAUUAUUAUUCAAAUCAUUAAGGAUACAGAUUAUCCUGAUCAGUUAUGGAAGAGAGUUUUUGGAAAGUUUAAAAACAGUAUUAAUCCAUAUCUGAUACAUUUAUUCUGCAAUGUCACAUGUGGCAUGUCAAAACAUCAGAAUGUUACAAAAAAUCCGAAGAGUGAAAAGUUAUUUCAACUCAAUAUUGACGACUAUAGUCAACCACUUUAUGUGAGAGAGCAAUUGAUAUAUUUUCAGAAACAGCAACAAACGCAGGACUCGACCACGAUUCGAUUGAAAUAUUUUGACGAGUUACCAAUCAAAACGAUGAAAUGUAAAAUUAUUUCACAAAUCAUGACGAUGGAUGCGUCCGUGAACAAGAAUUCCAUGGAAUCGAUUCUUCAUUUAUUGGAUUGUGUUGCCGAUUACAAGUAUUACAUGAAAGCUCUUCCAAAAUAUUACUCGAAAUCUUUUAAGCAACCACAAAUUCCAGAAGAAUCUCAAACAGCAGUGACAAAAAUGGAAAGACAACUUCAUAUUCGAUUUGAAAUUAUUUUCACAGUUCUUUAUUAUGCUUACAAGAGCUCUCCAAAGCAAAGCCAACCUAUUCUAGACUUUUUAAUUGACAUUUUAGAACGUGAGAGCAGUUUGAAUAUUCUCAUUUCUCCAGUAAUGGAUUAUACCAUUUCAUUCAUACAAUCACUCAAUCACAAGGAGGACGAUCAACUCGUAGAAGGUCUCUUCAAUCACAUCAUUCACUUAUCCAAUGAGCUUGGAUAUUAUUUUUCACUUUUUGAAGCUCUUAUCACCAAUUUAAAAAAGGAUCACCUCACGACCAUGCUUUCCUGUUUGUACAAAUUCGCAAGAAGUAAGCCAGUUGCAAAUUUUGGAGAUUGGAGUUUUGGUGAUUCGAUUCUUUCCAUCAUUCGAAUGAUCAUUUACAGAGCUUGUCAUUAUUUCUCAUCAUUUUCUGAAAAUGAAAACAACCAUUCUUUGGAUUCAGAAAUGAUUUCAUCCUUCACUUAUUUCCAUUCACAACAACAACAACAUUGGACUCUUAUUCAUAAUAUUCUCUCUCUUCUCAUUCAAGAUUACAAUAAUUUAGAAAUUAAGCAACGUGCUCACUUUUACAAUUCUCUUCUCACUCAAGUAUAUCCUUACAAUCCACGAAAAUUAUCAAAUAUUUUAGGAUUUGGAGAGAAUGGCAUGUUCCAUCAUUAUGAUUUCACAACUACUUCCAUUAAUAUGGAAAAGACACCUCUGUUGCAACAUUCUUAUAUUCAUGAAUGGUCACCAGGUGCCAUUGUAUCUUUUUUAUCUCAUCCACUUCUAAAAUUGGAAUUUGUGAAAAAUGUUGGUCACGAAUGGUCCUUACUCUCUGCAACAAAUGACAACAACAACAAUGGUGGAAGCUUGAUACGAGUGAGAGCAAUAUCAACAGCAGGAAAUGUUGUUGGAAUGAAUAGUGGAAGUGUUGGUGAUGGAAAUGAUCUCGUACGACUCGGAGUAUCGAAUGGAAAUAAUUUAAAAGAACAUGAAGAUGAUGAUCGUAUUAUUCAUUUACAUUCAGAGCAUGCUCUCAUUGUUCAGUAUUAUAUGGACAAGUAUGUGAAAAGUUAUCGAUAUCAAAUUCAAUUGCAAUACAAGAUUUCUGCACUCGAUUGUUGUGGUGGAAAUGAUCGUUCAAUCAGUGGUGAUGGUGGUGGUGGUCAUGGUAUGAAUAAUAAUUUGAAUAAUAAUAAUAAUAUGAAUAAUAAUAAUAAUAUGAAUAAUAAUACUAUUGGUAGAUCAGAAAAGAAUGUAAUUGAUGAGAAUUCUGAUUUGGAUUCACUGGUAGGAAUUGAAUUGAUUUUUGGAGGAGAUGAAAUCGAUCGAUUUAUUGGUUUGGAAAAUGGUGUGAAUAUUCCCUAUCUUAAAAUACCAAGAAGUGAACUAAAGAUAGAAAAGAGUCAAACUUUUAAAUUUCAUGAACAUGUUGAUGAAACAACAACAACAAGUAAUCGAACAGAAAUUCAAGAAAUAUACUCUCAUGAUGAACAUGCAGACUUGAAAAAGAAUAGAACAGAAAUCACUUGUGUCUUGACACCAAACAAAACAGAAACCAUGCAUCAAGAAACACUCGAGUUGCCGUCUGAACAUCUCUUUACGAUCAAAUUCUUUCCUGUGAAACCAGUUCCAGGAGUGAUUCAUGUUUCAGCUACUUUUACAGCAAUUAAGAGAGAGAAUACCAUGAUGAGAACACAAGUGAAUGAUGAAUAUGCCUCAAUUGAACCCACGACAGCUUUCUGUCAAACUCAAUUGCCAGAUAUUCAUAUUCAAUUUAAGGAUCUUUUUUUACCAAUUUUUGAUCGAGAUUUGCCCGAUGGCAUAACGAAAGAAGCACUUUUUGAAGCCAUGUGGAAUUAUAAGAGUGUGAAAAUGGCAUCGAGUGUGAAAAUUUUGAAAAAUACUACUGUGAGUGAAGUGAUGGAAAGUUUUAAAUUGUUUGCUGUGAAUCCUAAGGAUUAUAUUUUGAUAUUCCUUCCACCGAAAUAUCAUCUCUUGAUUCGACUCUCUCAGAAAGAUGAGACCACAACACUUCUUUCCAUCAAGACAGAUUAUUGGCAAUGUUUGUCUUUUGUGGAUGAAAUUUUUCAAUAA